GACCAUUUAACUGGGAAAAAAAAACCCAGAAAAACAGAGCACUCUGGAAAUGGAUUCUUGCUCUUCAUUCUACCCAUUGAAUUCAGGAUUCUCCUCCGAUUCAUCGCCGGUAUCUUUCCCGAAUUUCGACAGCUACCUCCCUUUCAACCUUAAUGACUCCGAAGAAAUGCUCCUCUUCGGGGUUUUGGCUCAGGCGGCGCGAGAGAACUCCGAGACCAAUUCCUCGGAUUACAGCGUGAAGGAAGAGGAGGUGACCUCGGAGACUCCGAAGAAGGCGUACCGCGGCGUGAGGCGGCGGCCGUGGGGGAAGUUCGCGGCGGAGAUAAGGGAUUCGACGAGGAACGGGAUAAGGGUUUGGCUGGGAACAUUCGACAAAGCAGAGGAGGCGGCUCUGGCCUACGACCAAGCGGCGUUCUCGAUGCGUGGGCCCAUGGCGGUCUUGAACUUCCCGGUGGAGAUAGUCCGGGAAUCUCUCCGGGAAAUGAGGUGCCCCGUCGAGGAGGGCGGCUCGCCGGUGGUGGCGCUAAAACGGAGACACUCCAUGCGGCAGCGGGGGUUGAACCGGCGGAGCGGCAAACGGCGGGAGGUGAAGGUGGAGAAUGUGGUGGUGUUUGAGGACUUGGGUGUUGAUUACUUGGAACAACUUUUGAGUUCAAGUGGGACUACAACAUCAUCAUCAAUUACUCCUAAUCCUUUGGUUUAAUCAAAAGAUUAGCCAAACCACUUUUUUUUUUGGAUUAAAAUUUUCAUUUCCAUGUUUUUUUGUUGUUUAAUUUGGUUUGGUGUAGUUUUGUAAAAUGUAAAUAUUUAUGUUCUUAGUUGGUGGGGUGAAAUAUAACAAUGAAAAUUUUACAAUAUCUUAAUAUCAUUAUUACUAUAAAA